AUGAAUUCUAUUCAACUUUACAUUUAUUUUCAACUUUUUACCGUCAUCACAACACUUUUAUAUCCAUGUCAAUAUAUCGAUUCAAAUGAACGUAUAUUAAAAUGUGAUGUAUGUAAAUGUCUAUCAUUACCAUCGAUAUAUUUAACUUCUAAUCUAUGUUCAUUAACGUCAUCAUAUAUUUGUAUGAAUAAUCCCAACGAAGAAUUAUUACGUUUAAAACUCGAUGAAAUAACUGCAAUAUAUUCACAAACGGAAAAUCAAAUUGAAUUUCACAAUUUUAAUCAUGAUAUAACCAAAUAUGAACAAUUAUGUGUAAUAAAAAAUUUUACACAAAUAACAUUUUUUAAUUUAAUAUUUAAUUUUUCGUCAAAUCAAAUACCAAAAUGUUUAUCACAAAUAUCAUCAUUACGUUUUACUAAUUCCUUAAUAGAAAAUCGUAAUUAUUUAUCAGAAAAAUUAACUUUUUAUAAUACAACUUUUGAUAUAAAUAAUUUCAAUUUAAUUUCAACGAAAAUUUUAAUUUUAAAUUCAGUUCAAUUUUUAAUAAAACCAUUUGAUAUCAAUUCUAUUAUUUCAUUAACACAUUUAACUAUAACACAAACAAAAGACUUUAAUUUAAUAGGCUUAUUUCCACAUCUCUCCUAUCUUAACUUAGCUUCAACAAAAUUAAAUGAUAAACAAUUAAAUAAAAUUUUCUCUCAAAUCACUGUUCCAGAUUUAUCAACUAUGAUUCUAUCCGAUAAUCAAUUGGCAACGAUAUCAAAUAAAUUUCCUUCAACAAUACGUUAUUUAGAUUUAUCAAAAAAUCUUAUUAAAUCAUUAGAUUAUUAUUCAUUUAAAUCAUUAUAUUCAUUAAAUAUACUAAAUUUAAGUUAUAAUUCACCACUAGAAAUACAACAAGAUACAUUUACACGUAUACCAUAUUUAGAAAUACUUGAUUUAAGUUAUUCAUUACCAACAUUAUCGUUCGAUGAUUUAUUUGUACCGCUGCAAAAACUGCGACAAUUAAAUAUUUCAGGAAAUCAUUUAGAUACAUUUCCGAAUUUACCAACACCCUAUGAUGCGCAUAGUAUUGAAAGUUUAGAUCAUCAUUUACCUGUUCUGUAUGUUGAUCUUUCACAGAAUAAUUUCGAAAAAAUGGUUUUUGACAUUUUUCUAUCUCCAUCGGCACAAGAUAAAUAUAUUCUAACAAUUAACAUGAAUCAUAAUCGUUUAAAAACAUUAUAUUUUCCAUCAAUAUUACUAAAUGAUACAAAACGUCGCGGACCAUUUAUUGAAUUAGAUGUUAAUAAUAAUCCAUUGGAAUGUGACUGUAAUUUAUACGAAACUAUUUUGAAUUUAUUUAAAAAUAGUCCGUCGUACAAACAGCAAACUAUUUCUAAUUUAUCUCCAUCACUUCAACAAAAACUACCAACAGCUUCAUAUUCAUCGGAUUCAAAUCAUUACGCUCGAUAUCGUCGUCAAUAUAAUCUUAUACAACAAACCUUUUCGACGAAUACCUUUGCUCGACAAACUCAUAUUAGAUUCUUACACCUUUCGAAUUUAACAUGUAUCAAUACAAUUGAUCCUUCAACUCACCGAUCUUUAUUCAACCUUAAUUCAUCGAAUAGUUUUUGUUCAUACAGAAAAUAUUGCCCGUCAACAUGCUCUUGCUGUUCUUCACCCUCAAUUUCGAAAUUAAAUUGUGACUGUUACAUGCAAUGUCCAAUCGAAUGUUCAUGUCAGCGUUCCUAUGACUUAACAAAUAAUUACGUUAAUUGUUCUCAUCGUCAAUUGAACCAAAUACCUUUACGUAUUCCAUAUUCUACCACGCAUCUAUUUUUAAAUAAUAAUCAAAUUAAAUCGAUUGAAAACAAUAUAACACAUUUAAUCAAUUUAAAAUAUCUUUCAUUAGCAAAUAAUUAUUUAGAAUAUUUAUCGAAUUAUGAUUUUUCAACAAUGAUGAAAAUGGAACAUUUAGAUUUAUCAUCAAAUCGUAUUGAAAAUAUCCAAGCAAAAACAUUUUCAAAUAUGAUUAAUCUUAAAAAAUUGUAUUUACAUAAUAAUUUAUGGAUACCUAAAUUUUAUAAAGAUAAUGUAGAAUUUCAAUCGAAUAUUCGUUUGAAUUUCUUAACAUAUGCAAAUAGUUUAUCAUGUACUCGACCAACAACAUCUUCACUGUUUCCUAUCGAAAGACCGCUCACAGCUAUGGAUUGUUGUAAGUAUUCAACUAGUGAGUCAUGCCAAAUACCGACAUCGAAUAUCAUCAUCAAUACUGAUAAUCAUGCGCAUGAAAUUAGUUCUACAAAAUCAAAUUACUUUUUAACAAAACGAAUUCAUGAAAAAUAUAUCAUUCUCAUUGCUAUUCUAAUUCUAUUCGUGCUAACAUGUAUUAUAACAGUAUGCAUUUAUCGUAAAAAACGUCUGCUAUUUUUGAAACAAAAAUAUUUAUCUAAUAGUGAUAUAAACAAACAAGUUAAGUGUAGUCGUAAAAAAGAUUUGAAUUCUAACCCGACGUAUAAUCAUCAAGAAAAUGACAAUUCUCUUUCAUAUACUGAUGAAGAUGAUUAUGCAUCGAUUCCAUUAACCAUAUCUCAAACAGAUUCAAGUUCGGAUAAUCGUUUUCCCUCUGUUGUUCCACCACUGCCACCACCAAGGAGUUUUAUUUUAAAUCGUCCGAUUUCUCAUUCAUCAACAACAUCAACAUCGCUUACAAUUCGUUCUUCGAAAAAUCCCUGUUCUUCGUCACUAAAAACGACACAGUCGUGUUUACAAAUAAAACUGGACGUUCUAGUACUUUAUUCAAUCAAUGAUAGUGAAUACAUAAAUGAUACUAUUGGCCAACAACUUGAAAAUAUGUACGGACAACGUUUUAGCUUUUACUUUAUACAUCGUGAUAGAAUGUUAGGUGAACUUGAUUGGUUAAUGGCGAAUUCAUGUGUAACACUGUUAAUUUUACGCAAACCCUAUAAUUUAAUACAUGAUUAUAUGAAAAUUCUAUCAACAUGUUUAACACUCAAAUGUUUUAUUAUACUUAUUAAUAAUGAUCUAAAUCAUCAAAUAACAUCAAUAAAAGUGCGAGAAAAAAUAGCAGGAUUAUAUCAAACAUCAGAUAUAUAUGAAUGGAAUUCAAAUCCAGCAUCACUUAUACAUGAACAAUUAGAAUUAUUUCUUGAACAACAUUGUGGUUCUGCUACAUAUGUUACUGAUUAG